UGCUGGUGUGCCGGGGCUAGGCUGGGCAAGGAGCUGACCGGACUGAGGUGCGGCCAGGUGGCGGCGCGGGGGGCUCCGGCCUCUGGGUGCUGACCCCCGCCUUGGCCGCUUCCUCCUCCCACCCCCAGCCUCCUGUCUCGCCGUCGCGAGGAGGGGGACCUUGCUGCCGGAACGAUGAGCGCCAACGAGGACCAGGAGAUGGAGCUGGAGGCCUUGCGUUCUAUUUAUGAAGGCGAUGAAAGUUUCCGAGAACUAAGUCCAGUUUCAUUUCAAUAUAGGAUAGGUGAAAAUGGUGAUCCCAAAGCCUUCUUAAUAGAAGUUUCUUGGACUGAAACAUAUCCACAAACAGCCCCAAUCAUAUCUAUGAAUGCUUUUUUCAACAAUACCAUAUCAUCAGCUGUAAAGCAAAGUAUUCUGGCUAAAUUACAGGAGGAAGUCGAAGUUAAUCUUGGAACUGCAAUGACAUAUACAUUGUUUGAAUAUGCCAAGGACAAUAAAGAACAGUUCAUGGAGAAUCAUCAUCCUGUUAAUUCUACGACAUCAAUAAGCAAUAUUAUUUCAGUUGAAACUCCUAAUCCUGCUCCUUCAAGUAAGAAAAAAGAUAAAAAAGAACAGCUUUCAAAAACCCAGAAACGGAAGCUGGCAGACAAGACAGAUCACAAAGGUGAACUUCCACGAGGCUGGAACUGGGUUGAUGUAGUUAAGCAUUUAAGCAAAACUGGUUCUAAAGAUGAUGAAUAAUGAAAGAAACUUGAUACAAGAAACACCGUCUUUUUAAGACAGUAAACUGAAGUCAACAUGUUUGGGUUUUUUUUCCAGUACUCUUCUAUUGAAGUGGCAUUUUAUGAAACCUAAGUUUUUGUAUGUUUCCUAAGUAAUUAGAUCCCAAAUUCAUGCAGAGAUUUGUUGGUAUUUCAUCAUUCUCACAAAUUUGCCUUAAAGGAAGGUAAAACGCACCACCAGGAAUGUUCAGUGUCCUUUCAGAAGCCUGUUCAGCAUUAUAAAUGAUCAGAUAUCAAGAAGAGUACAUAAUGACAUAUGCAGUAUUAGUCUAUACUGUCUUAUUCUAGGGGGUGACUUUUUCUAAGGGAAUUAAAGCCUAGAAUAAAGCUGCUUAUCAAGCAGACCCUUUGCAAGUCCUCAUCUCAAUGGAGUGAAUAGUAAGAGUGAAGUGAUUUGACAGCACGGUCUAGAUGAGUAGGUUUGUCACUUUAUUUAUGCCUUCAUGUGUUCGUUCCCUUGAAUUACUGAUGUUUAAAUUGCUUCUCUUUCCACGUAGUUGACAUUUGUAUGAAGUUACUUUCCCUGUUUUGCUUUUUUCCCAGAGAACUGCUAUCUUCUCACAGAUAAAUCUAAAUUAUAUUUUUCUCAAUAUUGAUGUAUUGAGAGGCUUAAACAUGAGUUUUUCAUAAUAUAUACAUUAAGAAAAAAUAAAACAGUUCUGCCUAAUGCAUUGGAAAUAAUUUUGUACAGAUGUGCUCUCUUGUAUUUAAAAAAAAUCCUUACUGGAUACACAGUAAUGGAGUAAAAGAUGCCUUAAUCUCCUUUAAUUUUUUUAUUGUUGAAGACAUUAAUUUUAAUAAAUUCCUAUUUAU